UAUCGUCUAUGUACACAGCCCUUGGAGUUCGGAGGCCUCUGCUGACUUCUGCCCGGUCUUUGGCUCUCAGUACCCAAGUUCCCAUUGGUAUAUACAGGAGCAGAGGCUGACUAGGGUUUGAAGAAAAAGAGGGAGCAGGAGACAAUCUGUGAGAGGCUCAGAAGCUGAGUGCAACCCCUGUCCUGGUCCUGUCCACCAGCUGCUGUGGCUACAACAGCAGAAAGGGCAGCUAGGAAGAUAGGAAGUGAGGCCCAGUACUUUGUGUGCGGUAGAGUCAUUAGCUACAACACCCAAGAUGUCUCAAGAGAUGGGAGAGCUCACUCAAACCAGGUUACAGAAGAUCUGGAUUCCUCACAGCAGCAGUAGCAGCAUGCUGCAACGGCGAAGGGGCUCAUCCAUACCUCAGUUUACGAAUUCCCCUACGAUGGUGAUCAUGGUGGGUUUACCAGCUCGAGGCAAGACCUAUAUCUCUACGAAGCUCACACGGUAUCUCAACUGGAUAGGAACACCAACUAAAGUGUUUAAUUUAGGCCAAUAUCGCCGAGAAGCAGUGAGCUACAAGAACUAUGAAUUCUUUCUUCCAGACAACAUGGAGGCCCUACUUAUUAGAAAGCAGUGUGCUCUGGCAGCCCUAAAGGAUGUCCAUAAUUAUCUCAGUCGUGAGGAAGGUCAUGUUGCGGUUUUUGAUGCCACUAACACUACAAGAGAACGACGAUCACUGAUUCUGCAGUUUGCUAAAGAACAUGGCUACAAGGUCUUCUUCAUUGAAUCCAUUUGUAAUGACCCUGACAUCAUUGCAGAAAAUAUCAGGCAAGUGAAACUUGGCAGUCCUGACUACAUAGACUGUGACCAAGAAAAGGUCUUAGAAGACUUUCUAAAGAGAAUUCAGUGCUAUGAGAUCAACUACCAACCUUUGGAUGAGGAAUUAGACAGCCACCUGUCCUACAUCAAGAUUUUCGACGUGGGCACACGCUACAUGGUAAAUAGAGUGCAAGACCAUGUUCAGAGCCGCACAGCCUACUACCUCAUGAACAUCCACGUCACACCUCGCUCCAUCUACUUAUGCCGGCAUGGUGAGAGUGAACUCAACCUCAGAGGCCGCAUUGGAGGUGACUCGGGCCUCUCGGCUCGAGGCAAACAGUAUGCCUAUGCCCUGGCCAACUUCAUUCAGUCUCAAGGCAUCAGCUCCCUGAAGGUAUGGACCAGCCACAUGAAGAGGACCAUCCAGACAGCUGAGGCCCUAGGUGUCCCCUAUGAGCAGUGGAAGGCUCUGAAUGAGAUUGACGCGGGUGUCUGUGAGGAGAUGACCUAUGAAGAAAUCCAGGAACACUAUCCUGAAGAAUUUGCACUACGGGACCAAGAUAAAUAUCGUUACCGCUAUCCCAAGGGCGAGUCCUAUGAGGAUCUGGUUCAGCGUCUUGAACCAGUUAUAAUGGAGCUAGAACGACAGGAAAAUGUACUGGUGAUCUGUCAUCAGGCUGUCAUGCGGUGCCUCCUGGCCUACUUCCUGGAUAAAAGUUCAGAUGAACUGCCUUAUCUCAAGUGCCCUCUGCACACAGUGCUCAAACUCACACCUGUGGCUUAUGGCUGCAAAGUGGAGUCCAUCUACCUGAAUGUAGAGGCUGUGAACACACACCGGGACAAACCUGAGGUAGGUAAGGGGCUCUGUACAAGCUGGCUGUUAAGGCACAUUCUGAAAGUACCCUCCCACAUGGAAAGGCUGUCAGCCCUGCAGAUCCCAGGUGUUUCACAUCAAUCAGCACUCAGAAACACCAAGAACCAUGGCCUAGGCCUGAGGCACCAUAAAGACUCAGCUGUGACAAUCCUUACCAGACAGGCCUUGGGCUGAUUCCCCAAGCAAGCAUGCCUGAGAAGAGCAUCAGGACCCAGUCUCGGCUGAAAGAGGGCAACCUGGCAAAGGACAAGAAGAGGGGCUGGGAGGGGGCCCCUACACUUCCUGCUAACCCUAGGCUCUCUUCUCAGAAUGUGGACAUCACCCGUGAACCCGAGGAAGCCCUGGACACUGUCCCUGCCCAUUACUAGCCCUUUCCAAGUGGUCAGAUUGCCUCUGUCUUCAUUGCUUUCCACUUAUAGGAACUGCUGCUAUUGCUAUUCUCCCAAGAGCAGACUCUGGUCUUGGCCUGAGAGAGCCUUACCUCCAGUGAAGAAGCCUAUCUAGUUGUGGAUGAAGCUUUUUUAAAAUUACUAUUCUCUGAUCAAUAAAUAUUUCUCCCUGCCUAUAGGACAGGAGGCCAUGAUAAGGCUUCUUCCCUUGCUCUCAAGACCUUGAUCCUGACCCAACUUCAGUGCUGUUGGGGUAGAAUGGGUGAAGACUUCUGGGAGGGAAGUCCUGGGUUGGCACCUUUAAAGAUGGAGAAGAUAGGUCCUUGUGAGUGACCGUGGGCCUUGAUCUUUGGUGGUCAAGAUGCAUGGACAGGACACCUUCAUCAUUAUCCUCAGAAGAAUCUGGUACUUGGAUCAAGUGCCCCACUCUCCUCCAAUUCUUGCUACCAUCUUGAGAUAUUUUAUUGUCCAUGUGAAUUAUGUAUCCACCCCCACCCCCAACUUCAAUGACUGUCUCCUUUUCAUUCUUGGCAUCAUCUCUCUUGUCUCACUUACUGAAUGGAAGGCUCCCACUCAUUUGAGAUUCCAUACAAUUACGUCAUCCAUAGGGUCUUUGGCAGCAGACCCCCACACCAUAGGCAUUCAUGUGUUAUCUCUUCAAUGAACAGUAUUUGCCCUUGUACAUCACCAGUACAGUCCGAGUCCUCCAUUGACUCCUACUUCAUUAGUCUUGCAAUAGUUCUCCACCCCUAAGCACCUUGGACCCUAUCUGUCUAUUAUCACAAGUACCAAUGAUCUUGUGAUUAAACAAACACACGAACCUGUUACCUUUGUUACCUUGUCCUUUCAUCACAACCACCCAGCAAGAUCUAAACCUUGAAUCAUCCACACCUUUUUGCUGAGAUCUACUAGAGUUGCUGACCAUUGCUUGAAGUAGAUCUAUUUAUUCACUUGCACAACUACCCUGUUCAAAGUCAGGGUCACCCUACAUUUUCUGGCACUCUAUCCCUUUCCACCUUCUCAUCCUUGUCAGUUUUUGACUCUUCUGUACCUAUCUCCUGCCCCUCUACUGGCUUUGGCCCCACACUCUAUACUUAUCUUUCUUUCCUAUCCCAAGGUAACCCCCUUGCUCCCACAUCUACUCCUUGUUCCUUCCCCUUUUAUCCCUCCAUUCCUUACACAUGACUCAAAAUGAAGGUGAAUUUACUAUCCACAGCUUUCUCUUCGCCUUCUGCCUCCGACUUUCCCCUUCCACACACUAUUAUCCCUGUCUAUCUCAGACCCCUUUGACCCUGAGAAAUACCUGCCUGGAGCCCCAAAUUCCCCUCGAGCUAUGUUGAACUCCAGCUGUUCUACAGAUCAAAACCUCAUAACUCUCUAACCAUAUUAAAAAAUGGAAUAAACUCGG